UUGAGUUAGCAGCUAACAUUAAAAGCCCUGGGCUGCAAGCUCACAGGAGUCUUCCUGAGAAGACAAAGCUGCCAUGGAUCCAGUCCUGGUCCUGGUGCUCACUCUCUCCUGUCUGCUUCUCUCACUCUGGAGACAGAGCUCUGGGAGAGGGAAGCUCCCUCCUGGCCCCACUCCUCUCCCACUUGUUGGAAACAUCUUUCAGAUAGAUGUGAAGAACAUCGGCCAAUCUAUAAAAAAAUUCUCAAAAGUCUACGGCCCUGUAUUUACUCUGUAUUUUGGUAUGAAGCCUUCUGUGGUGUUGUAUGGGUAUGAAGCCGUGAAGGAAGCUCUUGUUGAUCUAGGAGAGGAAUUUUCUGGAAGAGGCAGUUUUCCAGUAUCUGAAAAAGUUAACAAAGGCCUUGGAAUCAUUUUUAGCAAUGGGAUGCAAUGGAAGGAGAUUCGGCGUUUCUCCAUCAUGACCCUGAGGAAUUUCGGGAUGGGCAAGAGGAGCAUUGAGGAUCGUGUUCAAGAGGAGGCUCGGUGCCUUGUGGAGGAACUGAGGAAUAGCAAAGGUGCUCCCUGUGAUCCCACCUUUAUCCUGGGCUGUGCGCCCUGCAAUGUGAUCUGCUCCAUUAUUUUCCAGAAGCGCUUUGAUUAUAAAGAUCAGACUUUUCUUAACUUGAUGGAUAAAUUUAAUGAAAACUUCAGGCUCUUGAGCACACCAUGGAUACAGGUCUGCAAUACUUUCCCUGCCAUUAUUGAUUAUUUACCUGGAAGUCAUAACCAAGUACUUAAGAAUUUUUUCUAUAUAAAAAACUAUGUUUUGGAGAAAGUAAAAGAACACCAAGAGUCCUUGGACAUGAACAACCCUCGGGACUUUAUUGACUGUUUCUUGAUCAAAAUGGAACAGGAAAAGCACAAUCCCAAGUCAGAGUUUACCCAUGAAAGCUUGGUGGCUACUGUAACUGACAUGUUUGGAGCUGGAACAGAAACAACAAGUACCACUCUGAGGUAUGGACUCCUGCUGUUGCUGAAGCAUGUGGAUGUCACAGCUAAAGUCCAGGAAGAGAUAGAACGUGUAGUUGGCAGAAACCGGAGCCCCUGCAUGCAGGACAGGAGCCACAUGCCCUACACAGAUGCUGUAGUGCAUGAGAUCCAGAGAUAUAUUGACCUUAUCCCCACGAACCUGCCUCAUUCAGUGACCCAUGAUGUAAAAUUUAGAAACUACUUCAUCCCCAAGGGUACCACUGUGAUAACAUCACUGACAUCUCUGCUGCAUGAUGACAAAGAAUUUCCUAAUCCAGAGAAGUUUGACCCUGGUCACUUUCUAGAUGAAAGAGGCAACUUUAAGAAGAGUGACUACUUUGUGCCAUUCUCAGCAGGAAAGCGGAUGUGUGCAGGAGAAGGCCUGGCUCGUAUGGAGCUGUUUCUGUUCUUUACCACCAUUUUACAGAAUUUUAACCUGAAGCCUCUGGUUGAUGUAAAGGACAUUGAAACAACACCAAUUGUCAACGGAUUUGGCCAUGUGCCCCCUUUGUACCAGGCUUGUUUUAUUCCUGUGUAAAGGGCAGACUCUCUAUGCUCUUAUCUGCAGUGACUCCUGUGAGGGUUCUGUCUACUUCAUUCUUGGUACUAUAGUGGCUUUCAGUCACAUUUCUCCAUCCUAUUUCUAUCCAGUGAACAUCAAACCUUAUCCAGCAGAGUUCUGAGUCAAUACACAGUUCCUCUUCCUGUUCCAUGUAUUUUGUGACACUCCCAUGCAGUACUUACAUAGUAAGUGCGAAUACUUCUAUGGCUCAGUUACUAUUAAUACUAUGUUUUCA